CCGACAUCUCGUGCUUGGUACUGCGCGCGGCAUGCACAUGUGAACAAUCGCAGCUUUGCCCAUACCAUACCAAAAACAACCUAAUCACUCGAUCGACAAGCUUCCCCGCCAAAUCCAGGGCCACAGCGCGCCCUGUGGUGCACGAACUACGCCGGGGCACCGCCUUCCGCCUUCCGGUCGGGCGCUUCCUUGCCCUGAACACACACUCGAACCUCGGAAUUCCCAAUCUCUACCCAAACCAACGGCCGGGAACAACCAAGUACUCCACACAAGCCACCCAACAUGUCGCAGAAGAUCUCGGCAAAGAACCUGCAGUACAACUCGACCCUGCCGCCCUUCCUCGCCCGCCUGCGCGGGGAAAACCCAUCCGGAGCCGACCGCGACGGUCCCGAUCCAAUCCUCGCGGGGAGGCGCCGGGCCGUCAAACCGCGUUCUGGCAGUGCCGAAGCCGAGGACGCGCCGCUAGUGGUAGACGACCACGGAAAUGCCGUCGACGUCACGGUCGGUGCCGACGGCAGCGUCCAGGAGAAGGAGUCGGCAUCCGGGGAGCAGCCACAGCCAGACGCCAGCCCUGCCCAAGACACAGUAGCCGCCGACGCGGGCGCCAAGACAGAGAAAUUGGCGGAUAUCGGCGGCCAGCGCAAGAAGAGGAAAAUUGGGAAAAUAGUUGGCGCCGAGGCUGAGGAGGAGGAUGCAGAGGAUAAGAGCGGCAAGGACCGUAAGGCCGGACGGCCAAAAGGCGGCAACGCAACUACAUCGGAGGACGCCGAACGGAAGGAUGAGCCGGCCGCUGUCGCAAAGACGAAGCCGAAAAAGAAGGCCAAGAAGGUCAAGCUCAGCUUUGGUGACGACGAGGGCUGAGAGCCCACAUUCGCCCAACUUGGAUCACUGAGAUUCACUACACCCGGCUGAUCAGUCGAGCCGCUGGGGGACGAAGAGCUCAACAUGGGUGCUCCAAGGGCGUUCACCCAGUGUCUCAUCAUGACGGCUCCGCCGCGAGCAAACCAUUGCUGGGCGCAUCAUAGCAACUGCCAUCCUGCACCCGAGUCCUCAUGUCGGGGAUUUGGCCAAACGCCGGAACUACCCACGGUAUGAUGUCGUCACGGUGUGGGACAAGCUCUGCCGUUAAGUAGUCGGGGCCUUCCCGGGUUGGCCGGCGGCCCAACAACAGCGCGACGCCUAGGUUGUUUCCAAGGCACGGACCCUAGGUCCCUAGCUUAUCUGGGCAGUUCACUUCAGUCGGGCAUGCUAGAUGCCGCUAAUCGGGCAACUGCAUCA